AUGGCAGAAGCAAACAAAACAGUAGGAUCAGGAUCCCUCCUCAUCGCCUGGCAACUCAAGGACAAAACAGUCGCCAUUAUUGGUGGCGGCGACGUUGCGUCCCAGCGGGUAGAUUCCCUUUUGGCGACAGACGCUCAAAUACAUGUCGUCGCCCCUGCCUCUGGCCUACACCCCCGUUCAUCGACACUCAUCGCCAAAUAUUCAGACCGUGUAACCCAUAUCGACACGGAAUUCGCAUUUUCGUCAUCUUUCAACCUCGCAGACGUGAAGACAUCCGAAACACUCGGAGCCAAUGUCGACCUGUUCAGAUACGAUAUGGUCCUCACCGCCCUUGACGAUGCAGACCUCUCACGGAGGAUCGUCGAAGCUUGUCGAGCACGCCGUAUACCCGUGAACGCAGCUGAUAUCCCUGACCUCUGCGAUUUCUACUUUGGAGGCCAGGUCCGGGAUGGUCCCCUACAAAUCAUGAUCUCCACCAAUGGGAAUGCCCCUCGACUAGCGGCGCUAAUCAAGAAUACAAUCAAGGACUCCCUCACUGGCUACGAAGGCGAAGCCUUGGUGAGAGUCGGGAAGCUACGAAACAAGUUGAAGGUGCGCGCGCCGGGUGUUGGCGGUGACAUUGGGAAGCGCAGGAUGAAGUGGAUGAGUGGGAUUUGUGAAAGGUGGCCUAUGAAGGAGCUCUCAGAGCUGGAUGAGACGACGAUGGAUUGGUUGUUGGACGAAGGUUGGGAGAAUGGCAAAGUUCUCGACCCUCCGAAGAAAAACUCGGGUUUCUCAUUUUCAUCUUCGGUCCUGGACGCUGGGACUGUGGUGAAAGCUGGGGCUGUGGCCCUUGGAUUCUUGUUUGCGCAUCGAGUUCUUGUACCGUACUUGUCGUCGAAGAGAUAGUUCGCUGAAUAUCAUUCCCCAUAUUCCAGU